AUGAACGGCGACCGAAUGGAAGUCGACGAUGUUGCGCUUCCCCACGACGAGGACCCCAUGCUGGCUAACAGGAUGUCCGCGCCAGCUUCGCAAUCCGGGGCGUCAUCGACUCGUCCGCGAGCCAAGGCGCGUCGAGUGCUGACCCAUCGCUGUCGAUUCCCCGACUGGGCACCGGGAGCGAUCCAUGCGUUGGCCAUCACCCCUUCUUCGUUCGACACGUCGCUGUUGGGCUAUGGCGGCGUCAGUGGCGAGAGGGGGAUGAUCGCCGUCGGGCGCAGCAAUGGCGAUGUCGAGUUGAUGCUCUGGGGCGGUCAUCAGGGAUGGGUGACCUACAGGGUAGGUUCAUGAUACGUGACUGUGUUUGUGAACGAUUCUCGUAGCUGACGCUCUUAUCUUUCCCGUCGCUCCCUGUUGCCGUUGCUCCUGCUGGGCCACUCCGUCCCCUCCGUCCCACUUCGCAGACGUUGCCUUGCUCGUUCCCGAUGCCUCAGACGCGCAACUCGAAAAAGCCAAGCACGCUUCUCUCACAUCUCGUCUUCACUCACCAAACGACGCUGUCGUCCUCCGAUAUCGAGCUCUACGACGGCGAUCUCGAAGGCGCGCAGAGCGAACUUCGCAGGUUGCAGCGCGAAGGGCUCAGGCUCUUUGGCGUCGGCGGAGUAGGCAGCGAGCUUGUGGAGUGGGAGUGGGGAGGACCAGCCGCUCCCAAAGAGGUCGGGAGGAUAAAGGUUGGUCGUGAUGCUAUUCCUUCCUUGAUUGGGCCGAGCUGAUCCGGUCUCUCACCACCCCUCGCAGUCGACUCUCCCGACUCUGCCACCCAUCCUUGCCCUGGCUGCAUCUCGAUCUUCGGCCAAUCUCGCCAUCGGAUGCGAAGAUUCGACGAUCCGGAUCCUCAACAUUCUCGACAAUGAGCUCGAACUGGUCGCCAAGAUCGAGAUCGGAGGACCGGGCAAGGUUCGACCCCUGUCCCUCGCAUGGGGUCCUCUCAAGCCGGCGGCCGACGCGACUUCGAACUCCUCGGACAAGGGAAAGGAACGAGGUGCGUUAUCGGAGUCUACGGUGAAAUUCCUCUCAUUUCGGCCUGCGCGCUCACAAAAACUCUUGCUGCCAAGAUGAAUCACCUUCGAUAGCCUCAGCCCUUCCUCAGCACUUCGCAACCCCUAGAGAAAGCUAUGUCGUCGCCGGUUGCUCCAACUCGUCGAUCCGUCGCUUCGAUGCGCCCGCGUCUGGAGCCGUCGCGGGACUCUGGCGCAGCGUGCAUCGCAUGACCCUCGACCAGCUGCGCGGCGAGCACACCGUCGUAUGGGCCAUCUCGGCUUUGCAGGACGGCACGAUCGUUUCCGGUGACUCGAUGGGGAACGUCAAAUUUUGGGAUGCCGAGAUGGGCACGCAGACCCAGAGCUUUAAGACCCACAAGGCUGACGUGCUCGCCCUGGCAAUCGGAGCGGACGGAACUUCAGUCUUUACAUCGGGCGUCGAUCAAAAGACGGUCGAGUUCCGCCUCGUGACGAUCUCGUCCAGUCGAUCAAACAGCACCGCAUCUCGACGAUGGAUCCAAGCUUCCGGUCGACGGUUGCAUUCCCACGACGUGCGAGCCAUGGUCAUUUCGCCGCCGUACACCCUUGCUCUUCCCUCCCCUCCUCCGACCUCGCCGCGAUUUGCCCAAGUCCCCAUCCUGACCUCGGGUGGCCUCGAUCUCUCCCUGAUUACUGUCUGUGUCUCCCCCGUGCCCGCACGAGCAAUCAAAUCGGCUCGUUCCCUCACCAACCCCAUCUCGGACCACCGCUCGAUCGAAUACGAGACGACUGUGCAUCGUCGCGCCGCUUACGUGCCCCAACGUUCCAAGCCUUUCGCCGUUGCCGGUCAAGGCGAGGCCCGAUGGCUCAUCUGUCAGCGCGACCGAGGUGUGGCGAUCUGGAAGCUCGACGAUCCAAAGUUGCAGCGUGGUAGCACACAAGGAAGGAGCGGGUGGAAGGCCCGGCAGGAUCACCUCGAUGGAGUGCAAGAAGAGCUGGACGAUGACGAGGAGGGUACGACCGGCUGGGCCAAAGCGGCCGAACUUGAACUCAAGUUGCACACUAACUUGAUCGCGAGCACCAUCUCACCCGACGGUCGAUGGCUCGCCGUCUCGGACCUAUACGAGACCAAAUUGUUCCGCUUGGAGCUGCGUAACGGUGACCUUUCGCCGCGUCGACAAAAAAUGUUCUCGACCGCUCUUUCGGACGCUUUGCCGACUUCACUCGGGACGGGAUCGGCGCAGCUAGCGUUCACCGCCGACUCGGGCCGACUCGUUUUGGCAUCUUCAUUUGGGUCUUCAAUCGCCGUUGUCGAGUUGCCGAUGGACCGGGAGAAGAGUUUCUACGUUAGCAAAGUCUUUGGGCAACACAACGAGCACCGAGGUGGUCGAGAGAUCCGAGCGAUGCCGAAUGGCGUCAACGGCAUUCAUGGGGCCUCCCACUCUGACUCUGGCUCGGAUUCGGAUUCGGAUUCGGAUUCGGACGAUGAUGCCGAGAGGAGCAGUCGUGCCAACAGCAGCAAUCGACCUGCCAUGGUCGUGUGCCUAUCUAUUUCACAGGAUGGCAAAUGGCUCGCGAGUGCCGACCUCGAACGCAAGGUCUGCGUCUUUGAUCUCGAGAACCUAAAGCACCAUACGACCUUACCGACGCCGACUCACGUGCCGAGCGCAUUGGCCUUCAUCCCUUCGUCGGCGUCGCUCGUCAUCGCUUUGCCGACCAACUCAAUGUCGGUCUUUGACCUUAUAUCACUCAAGUUCCAUCGUUGGGCUUUGCCCUUGUCCCAGCUCUCUGCCAACACAUUGACGGAUCUCCGCGAACCGAUCCUAGGCUUGACCUUCGAGCCUCGUUCAGAAGCGACGGACCUCUCAUCCUCCAUGGCCAACAAGGUGCACCCUUCUCGACGCGUGACGACGCACCAGAACGAACAACUCGGUCUGGCAUGGGGUGCGAAUUGGGUCGGCACGAUCGAUUUCGACGCUCUGAGCAAAGGCACCCACGCACCAGGGAAGAAGACUACCCAACGUCGCGAAGUCGACAAGAAACGGGCGAGGGAGGAAGAUGUCGCUUCCGGUGCCAUGGGCGGUGGCGACACUGACGAUGCACCCAAGCUGGAUAUUCGAACGACGCGGAAGUAUCAGCCUUUGGUUCUGUUCGAUUUCGUGACGAGUGGGGAGUUGAUCGCGGUCGAGAGGACGUGGCAGGAUCUUUCGCAAGGGUUGGUGCAGGCCUGGGCCAAGAGUGGCGAGUUUGGUACUUAG